UUCAAACGAGCAGAGAUCUCCGGUUGAAAAACAAUCGAUCAGCCAGCUCUCCCAAAACUAUCCAUGUGCGACCAUCCAUGUGGUAUCGAGAGAAUCCAAUCUUCUUCAUCGGUGUUUUAUUUGGUAGCAACAGUAGGCCUCGUCUGCUGAUCGGAGAAGAUCAAAUCGAACGACAGAGGAAAGCCUCUCUGCCGGAGGCUGUCUGGUCUGCGAACAGCCUGCUUUGCUUGCGUCGAAUCGAAUCAAGUGCCGUUCGUUGUUCGCGCAUUUAGUGUUGUGGCUAACUUAGUUCGAGUCGCAACUCGUUCGCGCGUUCAAAACGAACAAUCGCACAUUUUGUCGCUUUUCAGUUGUCGUCGUCGUAGAAGAGAAGCAGAAAGUUUUGCUCUCAAAGUGUCGCGCGCCGGUUUUUUGUGUGUUUUCUGCAUGUUAUUAUUUAGUUGAGGUUGGUGUAAGUGUGCGAUGAUGAUAAUCCCGUUCAGCAUUUAGUUCUUGUAUAUCAUCGUGGCCGUCGGCAUCGUCGUUUUGUCUCGCGAGGGGAUCUCCCGCUCAAAAAGUGUCCAAAGAGGUGCAACCCUAUCCCUAUUAGAACGCCGAGUGCAAUUAGUGGGCUUUUGUGCAGGAUAUACAAGCUGAUAAAGGGCUUGUCACAGUUUCAACAGCUAUCUCAUUUUGUGGCAUCCAUAGCGAUAGUGAUAGUGAAGUGAGGCGAAAGAGCGUUGUAAUUGUCUAAUACGAAGAAUAAAAAUAUCUGUUUUGGUUGUUCUGUGGCGUUGAGCUGCUUUCCAGCGGAGGUCAGUUUCCUGUAUUGAAAGCCACCGCCAGAAGGCUGGAAGUUAGCCGUUAACCUUGUUUUGUGUGAGUUGUGAGCUAAAUAGCGUCGUAAACACGUUGUUUUCCAAUUGGGCUUACGGUAGCGUGGUAUUUCGGCAAGAUCCCACCAAAUCGGAACCGAGUGCGGAAGCUGCCACCUACCCUAGGAGUCAGACGGUUUAUUGUAUUGCGUUCGAGUCCUGGAAUCUACCAAAGCGCACCACAGUAGUGCAAUCAAAUCUACCAAUCAAUCACGCCGAAAAUGUCCGACCAGCUGCAGGAGGAAAAGUUCGAGCGCUUCGGGCGUGUCGAGCAGGUGGAAAAUUUGACCACAACGGACCCGAAUGGAGCGGUGAAGGUGCGCGUGGCCAAGGAGGGAAUUGCCUCGUUGGAUCCGAUUUCGGUACCGGAUCUGGUCAAUCGCACCGUGCGGGAUUAUCCCGACCUUCCGGCCAUGGUGUACAAGAAUGCGCAGAAGAUCUGGACCACAGUUACUUACAGGGAAUACCGCGAUCGGGUUCAUAAAAUGGCCAAGGUGUUCAUCAAACUGGGCCUGGAGCCCCAUCACACCGUCAGCGUCCUUGCGUUCAACAGCCCCGAAUGGUUCGUCUCCGAGCUGGCAGCCAUCCACGCUGGUGGCAUCAUUACCGGCGUGUAUACGACCAAUUCGGCCGAGUCGGUUAAGCACGUACUGGAGAGCUCUCGGACCAACAUCGUCGUGGUGGACGACGCCAAACAGAUGGAGAAGAUCUACUCCAUCAAGAGCCAGUUGCCACAUCUGAAGGCUGUCAUCCAGACUACGGCCCCUUACGCUCCAUACGUGAAGCGCGAGGAUGGCUACUAUCGGUGGUCCGAGCUGGAGGAGAUGAACACCGAUGACGUGGAGGAGGAAUUCAAGACCCGUUUGGCGAACAUCGUCAUCAACAAGUGCUGCUGUCUGGUCUACACCUCGGGAACUGUUGGCAAUCCGAAGGGAGUGAUGAUGUCUCAUGACAGCUUGACCUGGGAUUCGUACUCCAUCGGUAAACGGUUGGAUCAGAUUCAGUACGGAAAGGAGGUGCUGGUGUCGUUCCUUCCUCUCAGUCACAUUGCCGCCCAGAUGGUGGACAUUUUCCUGUCGCUCCAGUUCGCCUGUACGGUGUACUUCGCCGAUAAGGACGCCAUGAAGGGAACGCUGAUCAAUACGCUACAGGAAGCCAAGCCGACGCGUAUGCUGGGCGUGCCCCGAGUGUACGAAAAGAUUCAGGAGAAGAUGUUGGCCAUCGGAGCACAAAGCGGAACCGCCAAAAAGAUGAUUUCCUCGUGGGCCAAGAGCGUUACGUUGCAGCACCAUCUGAAUGCGAUGGAAGGCAAACCAACCAACUCCUGGCAGUACCGUUUCGUGAGAAACUUCCUGCUUUCGAAGGUGAAGGACGCGUUGGGGUUGAGCCGGUGCAUGACGAUGGUCACGGCAGCCGCUCCCAUGGAUCCCGAAACAAAGAAGUACUUCAUGAGCCUGGACAUGCCAAUCAUGGAGGCGUUCGGAAUGUCGGAAACGUGCGGAGCGCACUCGUUGACCACGGCCGACAGCUACAACUUUGCCACGAUCGGCAAGAGUUUGGGUGGGUGCGAAACCAAAAUCGACAAACCGGACGAGCGGGGCCACGGUGAAAUCUGCAUGCGGGGACGACACAUUCUGAUGGGAUACGUCGGCGAUGAGAUUAAGACUAAGGAAGCUAUCGACGAGGAGGGAUGGCUGCACUCGGGAGAUGUGGGCUAUAUUGAUGAUCAGGACUUCAUUUACAUAACCGGAAGAAUUAAGGAACUAAUCAUUACCGCUGGCGGUGAAAACAUUCCCCCGGUGCACGUGGAAAAUCUGGUCAAGAACGAACUGAUGCAGGUGAGCAACGCAUUCCUGGUGGGCGACAAGCGCAAGUUCCUGACCAUGUUGAUCACGCUGAAGACGCAAAUGAACCUGGACAGCGGAGAGCCGAAGGACGAACUCACACCGGAAACGAUCAGCUGGCUGAAGGGAUUCGGCGUGGAGUACACCAAGUUGAGCCAGAUCAUUGCCGCCGGGCCGUGUCCUAAGGUGCUUCAAGCUAUCCAGGAGGGAAUCGAUCGCGCGAACAAGAAGGCUAUUUCCAAUGCACAGAAAGUGCAGAAAUUCGCUCUGCUAUCUGCUGACUUCUCGGUGCCCGGAGGUGAACUUGGUCCAACCCUGAAGGUGAAGCGAAACAUUGUUCUUAAAAAGUACGACGACAUUAUUGAAAAGUUCUACGUCUGAUGAUAAACGAUUGCCGGUACCAAAAACUGGAAAUUAUGUUCAAUGCUGCUGCUGUUGAUAUAAUGUUAUAUAAUUUUUGUUUCGUUUAAAUUUUUUAUACCCUUUGUUUUUGUUUUGUUUUUUGCUGAUAGGCAUUUCUUGAAAUGCCUAUAGCAAUGGGACUUAAAGACACUAUUAUUUUCGUUAACCACUUAACUGUAGAGAAAUUUAAAUGUCAAACUCCUAAACAGCCGUGGGUCGAAAAUCUAGGAUUAGUUGGUGAUAUUAUUUUGCAAUCGUGUACCAUCCGGGAAAACGUGAGGCCCAAGCAGAGGGUCUGAGUCAAGCAGGGAUGCACCCGAUUCGGACACAUAAGAGGAACAAUAGAAAAACGGCUCCUGUAAAUAAGAUUCCAUUUUAGGAUAUAAUUAUUACCUCAUUAGAAGCAUAUUGUUAUCGAGAGGCGAGAUGCGAGUGAUACAAAGCUUACUCUGGGAAUCAUUCGAAUCAGUGAGUGAGACAGAGAGGGCGGAACUAGAAAGAGCGCGCGGAACAGAGGUUAGCUGUUAAUUGAAUAAAAUCAAUUUUCUUAUAA